CCCACUUCCGCUUCCGGCCCGGCCGCCGCGAUGUCGGACUCGGAGAGCGAGGAGGAGGCGGAUGGCGGCCGCGCGGAGCCGUUCUCGCUGGCCGGCUUCCUCUUCGGCAACAUCAAUGAGGCCGGGCAGCUCGAAGGGGACAGCGUCCUCGACAAGGAAUCCAAGAAGCACCUGGCCGGGUUGGGUGCCCUCGGGCUGGGCAACCUGAUUACUGAGAUCACAGCCAGCGAGGACGAGAGCGCGGAGGCUGACGGAGCUCAGCUGGAUGAGGAAGGUUGGGUUAAGAGCACAGAAGAUGCUGUUGAUUACUCAGAUAUUAAUGAAGUGGCAGAAGAUGAAAGCCGUCGGUAUAAGCAGGCAAUGGGCAGCCUGCAGCCGAUUGGAAGGCAAGAUGAAGAUGAGGAUGAUUAUGAUGCUGACUGUGAAGAUAUCGAUUCCAAACUGAUGCCGCCGCCACCACCACCUCCAGUGCCUGGAAAGAAAGAAGAUGAAAAGGAUGCAGCUGCCACUGGAAUCGUGCAGCGAGACGCUUCCAAGCUGUUGCCAAGUGUUACAGAACUCUUCCCGGAGUUUCGACCAGGCAAGGUGCUGCGUUUCCUCCGUCUCUUCGGCCCUGGGAAGAACAUCCCGUCCGUUUGGCGCAGCGCCCGCAGGAAGCGCAAGAAGAAGCACCGGGAGCUGGCGCAGGAAGUGCAGAUCCAGGAGGGCGAAGUUGGAGUGGAGAGCGGAACGGAAGGCAAAUCUCCCUGGGAAUAUGAGUUUGCUGCCCCCCCCCCUCCUGAGCAGUGCCUGUCAGAUGAUGAGAUUACUAUGAUGGCACCUGUGGAAUCAAAAUUUUCUCAGUCAGCUGGUGAUACAGACAAGGUGACAGAUACAAAGCCUAAAGUGGCAGAGUGGCGCUACGGCCCAGCGCAGCUCUGGUAUGACAUGCUGGGAAUCCCAGAAGAUGGCAGUGGAUUUGAUUAUGGUUUCAAGCUGAAAGAGAAGACAGAGCAGGAGGUUAAAGGACAGACAGAUGAGAAGGAUGCAGAGUUGGUGGAUGAGAAGGAUGAUCUGCUAGCUGAUGAACACUUCCUUAUGGUGACACAGCUCCAGUGGGAAGACGAUGUUAUAUGGAAUGGAGAAGAUGUCAAACACAAAGGAACAAAAACGCAGCGGGCGAGUUUGGCAGGCUGGCUGCCGUCAAGCAUGACUAGAAAUGCCACUGCAUACAAUGCCCAACAAGGGUUGAACCGCAGUGGCUCUUUACUCAAUCCACCCAUUCCUCUAGCACAGAAACCAGGUGUAGCAGGAGUCCUAGGUAUGGCAAAGGGCAAAGAAAAGCAAACCCCUGAGCAGCAAGUUUCCCUGGAUGAAGACAAGCCGUGGUACUCCAUUUUCCCAAUUGAUAAUGAAGAGUUAGUGUAUGGCCGGUGGGAAGACAAUAUCAUCUGGGAUGAUCAGGCAAUGGAGACCUACUUGGAUCCCCCUGUCUUGACACUUGAUCCAAAUGAUGAAAACAUCAUUCUAGAAAUUCCUGAUGAAAAGGAAGAAAUGACUUUGAAUUCUCCAUCCAAGGAAAACAAAAAAGAGUCUUCUCUAAAGAAGAGCCGAAUACUGUUGGGAAAAACAGGUGUCAUAAAGGAAGAGCCACAGCAGAACAUGUCCCAGCCCGAGGUGAAGGAUCCCUGGAACCUCUCCAAUGAUGAGUUUUACUACCCUAAGCAGCAGGGACUUCGAGGAACCUUUGGAGGCAACAUCAUCCAGCACUCUAUUCCAGCAGUGGAACUUCGCCAGCCAUUCUUUCCCACCCAUAUGGGUCCUAUGAAGCUCCGGCAGUUUCAUCGCCCUCCCCUGAAGAAAUACUCUUUUGGUGCCCUGUCCCAGCCAGGGCCGCAUGCUGUGCAACCCCUACUGAAGCACAUAAAAAAGAAAGCUAAGAUGAGAGAGCAGGAGCGUCAGGCUUCUGGGGGCGGUGAGAUGUUCUUCAUGCGGACACCGCAGGACCUGACUGGCAAAGAUGGAGAUCUCAUUCUUGCUGAAUACAGCGAGGAAAAUGCUCCUUUAAUGAUGCAGGUUGGCAUGGCAACGAAGAUUAAAAAUUACUACAAAAGGAAACCUGGCAAAGAUCCUGGAGCUCCAGACUGUAAAUAUGGAGAGACUGUUUAUUGUCACACUUCUCCAUUCCUGGGUUCUCUGCAUCCAGGCCAGCUACUGCAGGCAUUUGAAAACAACCUUUUCCGGGCUCCUAUCUAUUUACAUAAGAUGCCUGAGACAGAUUUCCUGAUUAUCCGGACGCGACAAGGCUAUUAUGUCCGAGAAUUGGUGGACAUUUUUGUAGUUGGCCAGGAGUGCCCGCUUUAUGAAGUACCUGGUCCAAACUCCAAACGAGCUAACACCCAUAUCAGAGAUUUUCUGCAGGUUUUCAUUUACCGCCUCUUCUGGAAAAGCAGAGACCGUCCUCGGAGGAUUCGCAUGGAGGACAUCAAGAAGGCCUUUCCCUCACACUCAGAGAGCAGCAUCCGGAAGAGGCUGAAGCUCUGUGCUGAUUUCAAACGUACAGGGAUGGACUCCAACUGGUGGGUUUUAAAGCCGGAUUUCAGAUUGCCAACAGAGGAAGAGAUCAGAGCAAUGGUAUCCCCAGAGCAGUGCUGUGCUUACUACAGCAUGAUUGCAGCUGAGCAGCGGCUGAAGGAUGCAGGUUAUGGGGAGAAAUCCUUCUUUGCACCAGAAGAAGAGAAUGAAGAGGAUUUCCAAAUGAAGAUUGAUGAUGAGGUGCGCACGGCUCCAUGGAACACCACACGAGCCUUCAUUGCUGCCAUGAAGGGCAAGUGUCUUCUGGAAGUGACUGGUGUAGCAGAUCCUACUGGUUGUGGUGAAGGAUUUUCUUAUGUGAAGAUUCCAAACAAACCAACUCAGCAAAAGGAUGAUAAGGAACCCCAGCCCGUGAAAAAGACAGUAACUGGGACAGAUGCUGAUCUUCGUCGACUUUCUCUCAAAAAUGCCAAGCAGCUUCUGCGUAAAUUUGGAGUGCCUGAGGAGGAGAUCAAAAAGCUGUCCCGGUGGGAGGUAAUUGAUGUGGUACGCACGAUGUCUACAGAGCAGGCUCGUUCAGGAGAAGGUCCUAUGAGCAAAUUUGCACGUGGCUCUCGGUUUUCUGUAGCAGAACAUCAAGAGAGAUACAAAGAGGAGUGUCAGCGCAUUUUUGAUUUGCAAAAUAAGGUUCUGGAAUCCACUGAGAUCCUGUCAACAGACACAGACAGCAGUUCAGCUGAAGACAGUGACUUUGAAGAGAUGGGAAAGAACAUUGAGAAUAUGUUACAGAAUAAGAAAACUAGUUCUCAGCUCUCUCGGGAGAGAGAAGAGCAGGAACGAAAGGAGUUGCAAAGGAUGCUUUUGGGAGAAGACAGUGGGAAUGACAAAGACAGGGGCAAAAAGGACAGGAGAGACAAAAAGGGGCUGUCAUCAGCUUCAGGAGCCUCUGCAAACUCCCACAAAGAUGACGACACUGCCUCAGUAACCAGCCUUAAUUCCUCUGCCACCGGCCGCCGCCUCAAGAUCUAUCGCACGUUUAGAGAUGAGGAUGGCAAGGAAUAUGUGAGGUGUGAGACGGUCCGGAAGCCCUCCGUCAUCGAUGCCUACUGCCGCAUAAGGACGACCAAAGACGAAGAGUUCAUUCGCAAAUUUGCUCUGUUUGACGAGCAGCACCGCGAGGAGAUGAGGAAGGAGCGGCGCAGGAUCCAAGAACAACUACGGCGAUUGAAACGGAACCAAGAGAAAGAGAAACUCAAGGGCCCUCCAGAAAAGAAGCCCAAGAAAUUGAAAGAACGUCCAGAUCUGAAACUAAAAUGUGGAGCGUGUGGUGCAAUUGGCCAUAUGAGGACUAAUAAGUUCUGCCCUCUUUACUACCAAACAAACGCCCCGCCUUCUAAUCCUGUUGCAAUGACAGAAGAGCAGGAGGAAGAACUGGAAAAAACAGUCAUUCAUAAUGAUAACGAAGAACUCAUCAAAGUAGAAGGAACAAAAAUUGUCCUUGGAAAGCAACUGAUAGAGAGCGCGGAUGAGGUUCGCAGGAAAUCGCUGGUCCUGAAGUUUCCUAAGCAGCAGCUCCCUCCAAAGAAGAAGAGGCGAGUGGGGACAACUGUUCACUGUGACUACCUGAAUCGUCCUCAUAAGUCCAUCCACCGACGUCGAACUGAUCCCAUGGUGACGCUGUCGUCCAUCCUGGAGGGCAUCAUCAAUGAUAUGAGGGAUCUUCCUAAUACAUACCCCUUUCACACGCCAGUCAAUCCAAAGGUUGUCAAAGAUUACUAUAAGAUUAUUACUCGGCCCAUGGAUUUGCAGACCUUGCGUGAAAAUGUUCGUAAGCGGCAAUAUCCAUCCCGGGAGGAGUUCAGAGAACACCUGGAGCUAAUUGUGAAGAACAGUGCAACGUACAAUGGGCCAAAGCACUCACUGACUCAGAUAUCUCAGUCCAUGCUGGAUCUGUGUGAUGAAAAGCUGAAGGAGGCAAAAGAUAAACUGGCUCGAUUAGAGAAAGCAAUCAACCCCCUCCUGGACGAUGACGACCAAGUGGCCUUUUCCUUCAUUUUGGAUAACAUUGUCACUCAGAAGAUGAUGGCAGUUCCAGAUUCUUGGCCAUUUCAUCAUCCAGUCAACAAAAAGUUUGUUCCUGAUUAUUACAAGGUCAUUGCUAAUCCAAUGGAUCUAGAGACCAUCUGCAAGAAUAUCUCCAAACACAAAUACCAGAACAGGGAGACUUUCCUGGAUGAUGUUAACCUCGUCCUUGCUAACAGCAUUAAGUACAACGGGCCAGACAGUCAGUACACAAAAACAGCCCAGGAGAUCGUAAACAUCUGCUAUCAAACUUUAGCUGAGUACGACGAGCACCUGACCCAACUGGAGAGAGACAUCUCUACUGCUAAGGAAGCAGCACUGGAGGAGGCAGAUCUGGAAAGUCUUGAUCCUAUGACCCCGGGUCCCUACACUCCACAGAUGCGCCAGGGGCGAGGUAGGCUGGGCGAGGAAGACUCUGACGUAGAUAUUGAAGGGUUUGAUGAGGAUGAUGAUGGGAAACCUAAGACUCCGGCCCCAGAAGUUGAAGAUGCAGAUGGUGACCUUGCUGAUGAAGAAGAAGGAUCAACCCAGCAGCCCCAGGCCAGUGUCCUGUAUGAAGAUCUGCUCAUGUCGGAUGGAGAGGAUGAUGAUGAUGGGAGUGAUGAAGAAGGCGAUAAUCCCUUCUCAUCUAUCCAGCUCAGUGAGAGUGGAAGUGAUUCAGACGUGGAGACCAAUGCAGUGAGACCUAAACAGCCUCACGUUAUUCAAGAGAACACACGAAUGGGCAUGGACAAUGAAGAAAGCAUGAUGUCUUACGAGGGCGAUGGUGGGGAGGCAUCUCAGGUUAUGGAGGACAGUAAUAUCAGUUACGGCAGCUACGAAGAGCCAGACCCAAAGUCCAACACAAGGGAUACGAGCUUCAGCAGCAUCGGGGGCUACGAGAUCUCCGAGGAAGAGGAAGAAGAAGAAGAACAGCGUUGUGGACCGAGCGUGUUAAGCCAGGUGCACCUGUCUGAGGAUGAGGAAGACAGUGAGGAUUUUCACUCCAUUGCAGGAGACAGUGACCUGGACUCAGAUGAGUAACUGCCUGAGCACUGCUCGUCCUGCAGUGACCGCAGCCUGAGCUGCUCUCCUGGGUUUCUGAUGGCCCGCUUUGAACACCGUUGGUGCUGCAUUAACGCUGUGUUAACAAGGAGCAGCCUUCUCAUGUAAUAUUUUAUAUUAUAUGAAUAUUGUUUUAAUCAGCUCUAAAACAUGAGACUGAGGGAAUGGUGCACAAGGAGGUGGGGCUGUGAUGACCUUUAUUGGUUCUGGAAUCCCAGUGAAGACUGCCGUUUGUUCUUCAUCUUAAUAGAUGUAAGAUAAUUUAUUGGAUUCAUGUACAUCCAGCCGUGGAAAAGGAAGGCUGCUUGGAAUAAAACACCCUGCGCUUUG